CGCGCAUGCGCUCUAGCACACCUCUUCACAAGUUGAACCGCAUGAAAUGUGAUUUCUCCCGUCGCGAUUUAAGCCGUUUUGCCGUUUUAAUUGUACAGUUUUGAUAGUUGUGACUUGUUGGAAACGUUUUAUCAUCGACCAGGACGUAAAAAAUCCAUCGAAAAUGUUCUGGGGUUUGAUCAUGGAACCGGGGCGGUGUUACACCCAAACGGUCAAAGUCGCAUUCCAUGUAUCAAUGGCUGCGUUGGAUAUUUCAAAUUCCGGGGAUGAACCGGCUCAAGUAAUGUGCGUGUUUGAGGGGCGUAAUUACCUCCUGUGCACGCUCAACAGGAAGGACAAGUGGCAGUGCGCCCUGGAUUUGAGUUUUGAGGUCGGUUCUAAGGUUUCUUUUGCUACAAACGGCAAAUCCCACGUGCACUUGACCGGGUAUUUGACCGAUCUCCAAGAUGAGUUUGAUGAGGAAGAGGUUGAGGAGGAAGAAGAAGAGAGCCAGAAAACUGAGAAGAAGCGCUCGAAAAAACAACACAUUGAUGGACCUCCUAGUAAAAAAUCCAAAACUCUGGAAGAAUCAAUUACGGAGGAAGAGGACGAUUCUGAUUCAGAUUUUGACUUAAAUCACGUCAUGCAGGAGUCGGGGGAGGAAGAAGAGUCGGGUGAGGAGGAAGAAUCAGGUGAGGAGGAAGAAGACGAGGAGGAGGAGGAGGAUGAAGCGUCCAGUUUGAGUGAUGGAGAAAGCGAGGAGGAAAAGGAAGUGAAGCCGAAACAGAACGGUAUUGCAAAACCCACUCAGAAGAAGAAGCAAAAAGAAGAAAAGUCUAAACCACAAGAAGAGAAGAAAGGGAAACAGAAGCCCAAGAAGACUGUCCUGAAAGGGGGUGUGAUAGUCGAAGACCUCAAAGAAGGUUCGGGCGAUUUGGUCUCCAACGGGAAAUUUGUCCACGUUUACUACGAAGGCCGUCUCAAGGACUCUAACAAAAUGUUUGACUCAACCACCAAAGGCCCAGGAUUUAGUUUCAGGGUUGGCAAAGGAGAGGUUAUCAAAGGCUGGGACGUCGGUUUAGUCGGAAUGAAGGUCGGGGGCAAGCGCCGCAUCAUGUGCCCCCCGAAAAUGGCCUACGGGGCCAAGGGCUCGCCCCCGGUGAUCCCCCCGAACGCAAACUUGGUCUUUGAUGUGGAGCUCAAGAAAGUCAGCUAAAUGUGUAACUUUGUUGUCUGUAAUCUCCAGUUUGCUUUUUUACUUUACUUAUCGGUUUCAGUUAUAAAUAAACGGUAUUUUUUCCGAAA